CUUAUCGAUCUAUAAUGGAGGAAAAAUUUGAUGACAAUGGGAUUACAAGACGUUCAAAUGAUAGAAUUAACAAUUUCAAUUCUAGUGAGCCGAUGCUAAAAGAUGUUGAAAGUGCUAGUUUGAUUUCUCCUUUCGUAUUCUUUACGGCCUUUACUGUGGCUGUCAGUGGAUUUAUGUUUGGGUAA